UUAUAUCAAUAUACAAUAAUUGCCGUGUGGUGUUUGUUCUUGUCUAGCUCUGGAAUCAUACCCAAGUUGAACUCCAUACAUAAUCCAUGGCUGACACAGUGACAGUGAAGGUGAUAGAACAGUGUGAAGUGGGUCCUCCACCAGGUACGGUUCCUUCAACCUCCAUCCCUCUCACUUUCUACGACCUUCCAUGGUUAUGUUGCCCUCCACUCAAACGUAUUUUCUUCUUCAACUUCCCUUAUUCUUCUCAACACUUCCUCCAAACUCUCCUUCCAUCUCUCAAGCACUCUCUCUCCCUCACUCUCCAACACUUCUUCCCUUUCUCUUCCAACCUCGUCUUCCCUCCAAAGCCAAACCCCCCUCACAUCCUCCACACACAAGCAGAUUCCAUCUCCUUCACCGUAGCAGAGUCCUCAGCAGAUUUCACCACCCUUGUCUCUGAUUCCCUGAAACAUGUCACACUUUUGCACCCUUUUGUUCCCGUGUUGCCUCCUCCUCGUACCUUGCAUGAUGGAACUUUUCUUAUCCCUCUCAUGGCCAUUCAGGUCACUGUUAUAUCCCAUUUUGGCUUCACCAUAUGUAUCACUUUCAGACAUGUGGCUGCGGAUGGGAGAGCUUUUCAUCACUUCAUGAAAUUCUGGGCCUCUGUUUGUAAGUCCAAAGGAGACUUAGGUUUGGCUUCCCUUGCUCUGCCCUUGCACAAUAGGGACAUCAUUCAAGACCCAAAAGGCCUUAAGCUCGUUUUCUUAGAAGAAUUGUGGAAUUUGUUACCGGAAAAUGUAGAGUCCAAGGGUGAAAUACGUGAUGUUCCUAGUGACAUCGUGCGUCAUACGUUUGUCUUGAGCCAUGACCAUGUUGAGAAACUCAAGAAAUGGGUUACUAUUAAAUGCAAAAGCCAUGGUCUAGAAAUACCACACUUAACAACAUUUGUGGUAACAUGUUCUUUGAUUUGGGUUUGUAAGGUGAAAUCUGAAGAGGCUGAAGUUGGUACAAUACUUCCCAAUAAUGAUGAGUCCUACAUCUUGGCCUUUAUGGCAGAUUGUCGUAAUCGUCCCGAAUGUUCAAUUCCAUUGGAAUAUUUUGGAAAUUGUUUGGUUUGUGGAAAUGCUGAAGUCAAGAGGGGCAAGCUUGUUGGAGAAAAUGGUGUUGUGGAGGCAGCCCUUGCUAUUGGAAGUGAAGUUAGACAUUUGCAACACGAAACUUUUGAAGGGGCUCAAACAUUGAUGUCAAAUUUUACUGAAUUCGCCACGGUGGGGAAGCAUAUGACAAUACUUGCAGGCUCACCAAAGCUUGAAGUGUAUCAAACUGACUUUGGGUGGGGAAAACCCAAGAGGAGUGAAGUAGUUCAUGUAGAUAAUUCAGGAACAAUCUCCCUUUCUGACUGUAGAGACAAAGAAGGUCGAAUUGAAGUUGGGUUAGCACUGCAAAAGAUUCAAAUGAAUCAAUUCAGUACCAUUUUGGAAGAGCACCUCACAGAAAUUGGAGUUCUUGACUGAAAAUCUCCACUCACAGAAAUUGGUUGCACAAUGCACACUUGCACAGUUCAACUCCUACCAACCGUACGCGUAGAAUGAUAAUGAUAUUAACUGUUACAUAUACAUGGUAUGUGGGUGGAAAGAAAAUUUAAAUUUCAUCUGUGUCCUUCUUUUCAAUGUUAAGAAAUGUUCUUGUAAUGAGAAAAAGUUUGAUUGUAUCUUAAUUGUACUUUUAGUUUCGAGAUUACUAACUAUAUUGAUAGUGAUUUAUUUUCAUAAA